GGGGGCAGGCUGUGCGUUCUCGCGGGUCGACUGGGGAGGAUGGCCCAGGCCGGGGGAAUCGCUCCCACGGCCCGCUGCCCCGUCCCCUGAGCCGUGUAAGCUGCGAGACCCCUUCCCUCUUUCCCUCCCGCCCCGCGCGCGACGCGGGAAUGGCUCCCUGGCCGCACGGGAACAGCCCUCUGGCCCCGUGGCCAGAUGUCCUCACCCGGGCGCCCAAUACUGCCAACGCGAGCGGGCUGCCCGGGGUGCCGUGGGCGGUGGCACGCGGGGCUCUGUUGGCGCUGGCGGUGCUGGCCACCGUGGGGGGCAACCUGCUGGUAAUCGUGGCCAUCGCCCGGACGCCGAGACUCCAGACCAUGACCGACGUGUUCGUGACUUCGCUGGCCACAGCCGACCUGGUGGUGGGGUUCCUGGUAGUGCCGCGGGGGGCCACGUUGGCGCUGACCGGCCACUGGCCCCUGGGCGCCACCGGUUGCGAGCUGUGGACCUCGGUGGACAUGCUGUGUGUGACCGUCAGCAUGGAAACCCUGUGCGCCCUGGCGGUGGACCGCUACCUGGCCGUGACCGACCCGCUGUGCUACGGCGCGCUGGUCACCAAACGCCGAACCCGGGCAGCAGUGGUCCCGGUGUGGGUCGUGUCCGCCUUGGUGUCGUUUGCGCCCAUCAUGAGCAAAUGGUGGCGCGUCGGGGCCGACGCCGAGGCGCAGCGUUGCCACUGCAAUCCGCGCUGCUGCACCUUCGCCUCCAACAUGCCCUACGCGCCGCUCUCCUCCGUCUCCUUCUACUUUCCGCUCCUGGUGAUGCUCUUCGUCUACGCGCGAGUUUUCGCGGUGGCUACGCGCCAGCUGCGCUUUCUGCUCCGGGAGCUGGGCCGCUUCCCGCCAGAGGAGUCUCCGCGGGCUCGGUCUUGCUCCCUGUGCCCCGCCCCGGCGGGGCCGUGCGCCUGGCCCGCAGGGGUGCCCUCCUACGGUCGGUGGCCGGCGCGCCUUCUGCCUCUGCGGGAACACCGCGCCCUGCUCACCUUGGGGCUCAUCAUGGGAAACUUCACUCUCUGCUGGUUGCCCUUCUUUGUAGUCAACGUGCUGCGCGCCCUCGGGGGCCCCUCUCUAGUGCCCGGCCCCGCUUUCCUCGCCCUUAACUGUCUAGGCUAUGCCAACUCUGCCUUCAACCCGCUCAUCUACUGCCGCAGCCUUGUCUUUCGCAGCGCCUUCCGCCACCUGCUGGGCCGCUGUCGGCCGGAGGAGCACCCUGCCGCCGCCUCCGCCCCCGCGGCCCUGACCAGCCCCGCAGAAUCCAGGCAGCGCCCACCGCUCGACUGGUAG